AGCAAUUCAAUCAGUAGUCUUCCAUCUACUGUGCAGACAUUGCGGAGUGCAUUGCUGUGAACCUUUUCGCUUCACCGAGACCUACAGCCCGACCAGCAUUACCUUCGAUCGGAGAACCCUUUCAGAGGCAGGACUGCCUGGUUUCGUCACAUCUUCGCCGUCCUCGCACUCAGAACAUCUCCUACACCGCCGUCUGCUCCCCUAGCCGACAAUACCCAAGGGCUUUCAGAACCAGGACUCCUAUAAGAAAUAACACUACAUUAGCUUCGGUGUCCAAAGAUAAAGGAUGGGCAGUGGACAUGGCACUAACCUGUUGGCAGGCCUGGAUCUCUUGACCUAGAGCGUCGCACUAGUCCCGUUGUUGAGGAAAUCGACAAGCGCCUCCCGGAUUAGGGCAUUCGACGAUCUGACCUCCUGCUCCUGGGUUUGCGGCUCGACGACGGUGUCCCGAGCUAUUAUGACGGUCGCAGGCGCGCUGACUAGACUUCCGCCAACGGAGCUCAACUUCGCGAAGACCCACGGUAUCUUGUUCAGCGGUAAACAGAACGACGACCUAGAGUCCACUACAGGCCGCUUCUUAGCGCUGCUAGAUAAUCAUAUUGACCGUUCAGCUCGUCGGUGGCUCGAGCCAGGAUACUAUAUCGACAUCGCCAAUAUCUGCGCACUUAAUGGGUACGGCGGCGAAAACAUCCCGAUCGCCUCGGCUCUGAAAAUUACCUCUAGCCAGCCGAACGCCGAGUCCGAGUCUCAGGACCAGCCGAUGCAGGAAGGCACCACUCCUAGAGCUACUGCCGUUGCCUCGAUUGAUGAUGCUGUUGAUGGCGCUCGAAGAGGGCUAAGUAGGUAA